AUGGCGUCCUUCCUUCUCUAUCUCUCUGCAACUGUGCUGUUGGCUCAGUCAACAGUUGCAUCAAAUUGCACUAAGAAGCCGAUAUAUGUCGAUAUACACAAGCGAGCCGUUCAUGACUCUCCAGUCUUCCAGUAUGGAUCAUUCAUCGGGCUCGGAACACCGGCACAGAACAACAGCCUUUGGCCAUCAUUACAGCAAAACCAUACCUCCUUUGCAUCGAGCGGCUACUGCAAAGACAAUACAACACUCAAAAACUGCGAUACAAGUACAGGCGGCUUCUUCAACUUUCGAGAUUCGACAACGUUUGAGGAGCAGGAGAACUUCCAGACACUAGACAAAUCCCAGGACAAACUCUCGGGAUUCUUUGGUAAAGAGACCCUUCGAUUGUACACACACUACUUUGAAACGGACGGCGCAACACAAACACUUGUACCCAACUCGAUCGUCGAGGUUGCAGAGUCAGGAUCAAUAACUCCAGGGAGAGUCGGCGUCGGCGCUUCGUCAACGUUACUGCGGGACCUGGUGGUGCAGGAUAUGAUUGCAGGAUCAACAUACUCUCUCUACAUUGGUCACGGAUUUGAUCGCGCUGGAGGUGUAGUCAAUGGCAGCAACGUUUUUGGAGGAUACGACUCUGGGCGCUUCACAGGCGAGCCGCACAAGUACGCAAUGAACGUGGCCAACGCCAACCCAAUGAGUGUCCGCGUCAAGGAUGUCAUCAUCACUGGAACAACCAACAACUCAAAUACAUCGCUUUUUGACAAUACUGUUUUCACCGACAUGAAGUCGCGCCCCGAGGACUUUGAAGCCCAGAUUACAACGGAGCAGUUCCCAUUCUCUCUACCUUACCAGAUCACACAAAACUUCAUCAAGCACCUCAACGCUCAAAAAGACAACAGCUGGGAUGACAACUCGCUGAGGCUCAAAGACAGCUUCAACGGCACACUUACGAUCGUCCUCGAGGACGGCUUCACCGUCACCCUACCCCCCGAAGUCCUCAUGAACGCAUCAAACAUCACCCCAAUCCAAGACCGCGACGAAGACGCAAACACCCCCUUCUACCUCGGCACCGCCUUCCUCGGCCAAGUCUACCUCAUGGCCGACUACGAAUCCAACUACUUCUACCUCGCCGAAGCUAUCCAGAAAAACAACAUAGUCAUGCCCGUAACCUUUUGCCCCAAAUCCGUCCCCGUCGCAUACCAGCGCCCCCAGCAAUCCGAAUGGCAGCGACAAGGUCUCAUCGGCGCAGUCAUUGGCGGCGUCAUCGGCGGUCUCGGUAUCCUCGCUGCGAGCUACUGUAUCUGGGUCACUUGGAUGCGCAAGAAGGACGAGCGCAAACUGAAGAGGGAGUUGCAGCGAAAUUCGCAGCGGAAGCUCGAGCAAAUGGAAAUAGAGGAGGCGGCACCGAAGUUCGAUCCCCCGCCCAAGAGCGUGAACGCAGCGAAAGCCAUGUUCUGGCGAAAGAAUAAGCCAGGGACUACGUUUUAA